AUGUCUGAUCAGGAAGCUCUCAAUUUCGCCGUUCCUCCCCAAUCCAGGGAGGAAAAAAUCAAGUGCAUUGUAGAUGACCUGAUUUUGAAAGAGCCCAAGAUGUCUCCCGACAUAAUCGAGUUCUUGGUCCGCCUUGACGUGCAGUACUCUGGCUUGAACCCUGAAUCUUCGCAGCUCUCCGUCAGUGAGUUAGCAAGCCAGGUUCACCUCGACGUUGUCAGCGUCAAGAAACUCAACAUGCUGACGAUGAGAACGCAAGCCGAGUAUUUCAUUCACAUCCUACACGACAAAAAGGAAAUUAGCAACUGGUUAAAUGAUGAAUUGGAGCGGAUGCUGGGAAUAUUUUUGAGCAACUUGGCCGAAGAAGAAGAUGGAUACGAGAGCAAAGAGUUUUAUUUUAGACUGGCUGAAAUUUUCAUGCACACUUUUUCACUGAAAAGCUAUGUUUAUGAUGAAAUUCGAAUGGCCUUGGAGACGCUCAUGCCUCGUGGUGACUUGAAAAAGUUAUCUCGAUUGGAAAACAAAGAACAAAUAGAAACGCUGAAGAUCCUUUUUAACAGAGCUUCUGGCUGUAUUCUGUUGUUUAACCCUGAAGGAAGGCUCGCCGGCGAGAUGACUGGCCUUUAUCUGGCUCUGAUUGACCUACAAGUGCUGUUGACAGCUGAACUAGAGAGUGAUCUCAGAGACUCGCAAAUUUACACCAAGCUGAUCCAAACACUCCUGGACUCUCAUACAUUGACCGGUGCCUACGACUACGUUUUUGCAGAAUCGCACGCCUUGCUGGCGUUGCACCUUCAGAUGGAGCAGAUGAUUUCUCAGAUGCUUCGGAAAAUCCUCAGCUCGAAAGCAAGGCUGGAGAUGCUUGAGUUCAGGUUUGACACCGUGAUGAGCGAGCUAGUGAUGGAUCAGGAACAUUACGCGACCGACGAUGCUCCUGACUCGAUGCUAGUUAACUGGAACGAGUUAGGAACCGCAAUCACCGACAUCUACUGCGAGUAUUUGGUCAUGAGCAACAUCAAUUGUGUGUACAACAGGAUCAAGAAACUGUCUGAAACGAUUUUCAACUCAAUGCACAGCGAAACAUUCGUUAAGGUCUUUGAGAAGUAUCCUGAAACGCCGGUGACAGAAUUCUCCUCUCAAGAAACCACACCCAAGACCUGCGAAUCUCCCUACUUAUCUGCAAUAUUUGAUGCUCCUUGGGAACCAUUCAACCCUGAAAAUCCAUUGGCACUGAAUGGAAUUUGCGCUGUGUCUGUUUUGGAGAAAUACUCGUACAUCAAAAAAGGAGAUCCAUCGCUGGGAGUGUGUAAGUGGCGCGACAAAUUCUACGCACUGAGCUCUCCUGAAGCCUUAGAGCGUUUCGGCAAGAACCCUCAACUCUAUGCUGACGUGGUGCACCGCUUAGGACAUGACCGUCCUGAGCUAAUUCUUUUGAUGGGAAUGCAAGAUGAGUUCCCCGGCUUAAAGAGACUGGCGGAGCUUCGACAGCCGAUCCACAUGAUGACCUGCGACAAAGCGAGCAGGGCCAGAGCUGCUCGUUUGCCAGUCAAAGAGGAGUGGGCCGAUGCGUGGAGCGAGUGGGACAAGCCGCGCGUCCUAGGAACUCAGUUCGAGACCAAAAACAUCGCUGCUCAACCCUCCGAUGUCCAGAGGGACAGGGACACGCAAUGCGCACCGAAGGUAGACUCCGAGAUGCAGACUAUGAGCGAUGCUUACGUCAACACAGACGUCCCUGCCAUCAAGUCGCCGAGAUUCGUCAGUCACGUCGUUCCGCCGCCGUACGCAGAGGACUAUUUUUCGACGUCCUGCGAAUCGAGUAAUUUUGAAGACAAGGCUGACGAACAGGAUGAUGGAUUUGAGCAAAUUGAUGAGAAAGUUGUGGAUGAAGAAGUCGUGACUUUGGAUAUAGCACCAGAUGAGGAGAGCAGUGCGCCUGAGGCUGCAAAUGCAUAA